AUGAAAUCUUAGGAUAGCAAUAUUUGCUAUGCAAACUCAGCAGUUUAGAUUCUAUUUCACUGCAAGCAAUUUAGACAAAAAGUUUUAAAUUUCUAGCCUAAGCAAUCUACAAAAGAUUAUCUGACUAGAGAUCUAUAAGACCUAUUUCAGCAGAUGACAUAAUCUUCUAAAUCUAAAGGCAAUAUUAAUUCAAAGAAGUUUAUGCAGAGAAUAAAAAAACUAAACUAACUCUUUGACAAUGAUGAUCACCAUGAUUCGCAUGAGUUUCUGAUAUGGCUGCUCAAUCACAUUUCUGAGGAACUCUAAGCUGAUAUCAAUAGAGAAAACAAACAAAAGAAUUAGGAGACUAAUAAUAAGAUCUAGCAGAGUUCACCUAAUCCCUAUGUAUUCGUUCAAGAUUUGUUUGAAGGUAAAUUGGUAUCAAAGAUAAGUUGCAAUUUAUGUGAAUGCGCGAAUGAGAGAGAUGAACCAUUUAUGGCACUCUCAGUAGAUAUUGAGAAAGGAAGCUCUUUGAAUCAUUGUAUAAAGCAGUUCGCUCACAAGGAAUGGAUGCUCAACAGGGAUAAAUUUUAUUGUGAAUAGCAAUGCUAUACUAAACAGGUAGCAACUAAAUAGAUGAUGAUUAAACAAAAACCAAAGAUACUUAUAAUUCAUUUGAAGAGAUUCAAGAUAGAUCCAUAGACAUUGAGAUACCAAAAACUUUCUCACAGAAUACCAUUCCCUAAUGAACUAAGAAUAGAAUCAGCUCUCGAUGAGAGCGAAGAUAGUUCAUAAAGUCUUUUAUAUCAUUUAAAGGGAAUAGUAAUUCAUGUUGGACAAGGAUUCUCUUAUGGCCAUUACUUUUCCCUGAUCAAAUCUUAAGGUAGAUGGAUUAAAAUGGAUGAUACUAAUGUGUCAGUAGUUGAUGAAAAAUAUAUGAGAGCCUUAUAUGGACUACCAUCGAGUAAUGAAUAAUCUGGUUGGCCCACAGCCUACAUGUUAUUAUACGAUAGCUAACCUGAUGAAUGA